AUGUCGGACAGUGAUAAUGAAGUUGUCGCCGAAAUCGAUAUCGGACACGAUGCACAAUGGCUUGAGCAGCCUAUUGACCCUGGCCUGACCCACCGAUGGACCAUCUAUCUCCGAGGCAAAGAAGGCGGCAAGAUCGAAAAGUACAUCAAGAGCGUCACAUUCAAACUCCACGAGACCUUUCCUAAUCCCCAUCGCUUGUUAGAGAGCGUUCCGUUUCAAAUCACCGAGAAUGGCUAUGCCGGCUUCUUGGUCCCAAUCGAGAUAGUCUUUCGCAACGGACUGACUACUGAGUUGAAAUACGAGCUUCAGUUGAGGAGAAAAGAUAAAAAGCGUCGCAAGGAACGAGAAAGUGGGCGAAGUUCAGAAAAGCUCAGUCCGCUUUCAAAGCAGUUUAUAAAGGAGCAAAAGAUAAAAGAGGAAAAAAUAUCUCCAGAGUACCCACCAAUCCCGAAGAUUUCAAUCAAACGUGAGCCCAGAAAUAGCUCUGAAUACAGAGCGUCAGAAUAUCGAGCGGAUAUCUCAAGCCGGAAAACGGAACGAGUAAAGAAAGAAGUAAAAGUCAAAGAAGAGCCAAAGUCGGAUUUCAAGCACACGUCAAGAAUAGCGAAUAAAGAUAUUUCCGAGCUAAGUGACAAAACUUCGAUUGCAUCUUCUCCUGCCAAUUCAAUGCCCCAGACGCCAAUUUCAUCUGCCCACUCCUACGGUCGUUCUCCUGCUACUGACGCGCCCAAGCAUCGCUCCCCAGCAAGUGUUCUCAGUCACACAGAACAGCAAGAACUUCCCAAGGUUCCUUUGGGCGCGAGUACCUUAGAGAAUCUUCCUUCCGAUGACGGUGAAUUGUCAGACUCCAACUCGUCAGACAGCGACUCCCUGAUCGAAUCAAGCUCAUCUGACGAGUCUGAUGAUGUCGACAUGGAUUUCAUCCAAAAGAAAUUCAUCAAAUUCGCUGAGGACGAGACAGAAGUCUAUGACGAAAAGCUGAGAAAAAUUAUGAACAUUGUUUUCGCCCAUUACGAGUCGCACUACAAGUCUUCCGACAGAUACUGUGAAAACGAAGCUGAUCUCCAAUUCGACCUUACCCUUCUUCCGAAAACAGCGCUGAUCGCGAUCCACAAAGUCAUCACUGAAGAGAUCAGAUCAAGCUAA